AUCUGUCUGAGCUACGGUAUCGAUUUUCAAAACGGUGGUUCAUACUUUAUCGAUGUUCGAUCGAGCGAGAGCUUCACUGUCGUAUCGCAAUUCUCCGGCUGUGAACCCGACACAGCUGCCUACGUUCUCCUCGUCGACAAUAAUACGGGCGAUCAGGUGGAAUGCUCCGGUGUGGCGACCACUCCAGAUUGGACCAACGUGAUAUCGACUUGUCCCAUCGCCAAGAACGAGAUGAGUUCGGGGACAUGGUCUGUGUUGGUCAUUGGUAACAAUGGCGAUGGCUCACCAUAUGCGUGGCAACGCGACUUUGAGCUCACUGUCGGUGUUCCGGUAACCUCAACGACGACGUCGACAGUCACUUUUACUGAGACGAAAACACCAUCGACUACUGUAACUACUACAUCCACCAUUCAAACUACGACUUCAGUGCCGAAUGAAUCCACCAUUACCAUUACCAAACCUGCUGCCACCAAGACCAUCACCAUCACGCCCAGGGCCCAAACAGUCACCAGCACCAAAUGGCUCACCCGCACAGUCAACACAUGGACUUUUACCCAAAGCAAAGUCACCAAGACCAUUCUCCCAACAUGCACCAUUCCCCCUCGACCACCUCACGCCGAUCCUCCCUGCCGAAUUUUCCCCACCAUCAUUCCUCUCCCUCACGGCCUGACCAUUUCCUCCUCCAAAAACAAACCACGAGCAGCAGCAGCAGCAACAGUAGACCCUCCCUCUCUCACGCCCGAAGAAAAAUCCGACCCAACCCCCUCCAUCCAAAAACGUUCCCCCGACGCUCCCACAAUAACCCUCCAAGCGCCCCUCGUCCUCAAUACAACCACAACCUUCCUCUCCCCUUCAACAUCCACUCUCUCCGAAAUUUAUCUCACAACACAAACAAAAACUCUCACCGAUCCACCAAGUACAGUCAUCAAAGCCUCGGGAGGCACGAAAACGGAAUUUACGACGUUACUUCCCACGAAGACGAAGACUGUGACUAGAAUUGGAUAUUCGACGGUGACGAGGACGAGGACGGUCAAAGUUACUUGGACGUUUACGACGACGGGGGAUGUGCCGAGGGCGACCAAGACGGCUUGUAGGGAGGAAGGAGGGAAUUUG